AACAGAGAUGGAGGAGGGUUGGAAGACUAUAUCAGAGAGGGAGGGAUGAGUGUGUUCGGGGGAGAUAGCUGGGCGAGAGAGGCCCAGCACAGAAAGAGAAAGGUGGAAGAUCUAAUGGUGGAAGGACUUGAUGCAUCUUCAUACAAGAAGCUCUCCACCGGCAAAUUCGCCUGCCUCCUCUGCGCCAACAACCCCAUCCUCGAUUCUCCUCUUAUGCUCUCCAUGCAUAGAAAGGGAUCACGCCAUCGUGCUGCCGAGUCCAGGUUCAAGGAGAGAGAAUUAAGGAGACAAGAUGAGAUAAAGAAGAGAAUAGCUUUAUCUGAUGGUUCCAUAGGCAGUGGUGAUACUAGCACUUCUGCCAAACAAUUUAGGUUCGCAAGCAAGCCAUUGAUUGAACAGACAAAGAAGGCUGCUUCUGAGACACUCUGCAAUAAAAUUCAAAAUGUUACAAUUCAGAGCCAUAAUGCUAAAGAAAGUAGAGAUGAUUCCUCAAAUGGACCAUCAAAUUGUAAUGACAAUAGCUCCUUCCCUGCAAUGGAAGCAGGUGAAAGAGUGGUUGUACAGCACCAAUUGGAUUUCCAGGCCAUUCGAGAGAGGGAACUCAGGUUCACCGCUGCCGGUUGGAAGCGCGACUGCCAUGGAAGGUGGUUUAAAGAUGAAAACGUUGAAUUUGACUCUGAUGAAGAAGAUCCAAACAUCUGUCUUGCUUGACUAUGUGCUUAUCCCCUGCAAAGAAACUAGAGAGGUUUGUAGGGUGAAAUGCAGGUGCAUAGUCCACUGGGCCAGAGAGAGAUGGGCGGGUGAGAAGUAAGACAUGGGUAUGUAAGUUUCUGGAUACGCUAAGGUACUCUGGGCUAGGGAUUCUCAAAAUUUUAUACAUUGAAUCCACUCUUCUGGUAGGUUAUUUCCCUAUGGUCCCAGUUCAUAUUUGUUUGUACUACAGGCAUUUUUUGAAAAUGCAGGAAGAACCCAGUUGCACAUGAAGCCUACUUUGAUACUUGAGACUCAAGAAAAUGUCAAUUGAGGAGCAAAAGCUAUUAACUUUUUUCUUUCAAUUUUCAUUUUCAAA